GCGAUCGCGGCUGCAGCGACCGCGGCGGCGGCGGGACGGACUCGCAGCCCAGAGACCCGAGUGACCACAGGCAGCCCCGGCGCUCACCCUGCGCGCUCGCCAUGGCGAUGCAUUUCACCUUCUCACACGAGGUGGUGCUUCUCUUCGAUUUCUGGAGCGUCCACAGUCCUGCAGGCAUGGCCGUCUCGGUGUUGGUGGUCCUGCUCCUGGCCAUCCUGUAUGAAGGUAUCAAGGUGGGCAAAGCCAAGCUGCUCUACCAGGCACUGGCGAGCCUGGCUACCCCCAUCAACCAGCAGCUCAUCCUGGAGACAGACCGGGACUCAGCUGGCUCAGACGCACCCCCGGUCAGCAGAACCCGCCUCAGGUGGUUCCUCUAUCAUUUUGGCCAGUCUCUGGUCCAUAUCAUUCAGGUGGUCAUAGGCUACUUCAUGAUGCUGGCUGUCAUGUCCUACAACACCUGGAUCUUCCUUGGCGUGGUCCUGGGCUCCGCUGUGGGCUAUUACCUAGCCUAUCCACUUCUCGGCAUGGCUUAAUUGGUGAGGGAUGGACAGGCACCAGUGGCUGGAGGGAGCCGAGGUCCCCUCUUCCAGACACUGUAACUCAGCGCUUUUUCUUCUGGUAGCUACUGAGCUCAAGCUAGCACUUGCCCCUGGCCAUUGCAGGCACUUCCCUCCUGACCCUAACUGCACAGGGCUCGGGCCAAGUCUUGUGCCUUAAAAAGGCUACUGAGACCAAAGGGAGAAUGAGAGCAGAACCUCGGGGCCAGGGUUGCUAGCCUAUGACAACACAUCUUUGUGACUCAAAAUUUCCAAAGAUCUUCAAGACAGGAGAUGGUUCUGGGUGCAGGGCAUUGAACCUGGCACUGAACCUGGAAGCCGUCUCCUCGUGCUUCGUGCCUUAUCUACAGGAGCAUCUUCCACUUUUCUGAACUCUUCUGCCUCUGGGGGACAGAAACCAAGCCAGCUCCUUUUCCUCACCUUGCUGCCUCCGGAACACAUGAAGACUGCCUCUUCUGUGGGCCACGCAGACAAACAAAGAUUUCUCAUUUUCCUAGUUGAACUCCUGGUUAGCAAUUUUGCACAUUCAUACAAAACGUUUAAUGAAAUAAUUUUAUUCUUGAUGGAUGGAAGCACCUGCUGAGACCUGUUCCCCCUUCAGGGGCAGGACUGGGGGACAAGUGACAGCUGAAUGAAGGCAGAGAUGCAGGGCUGUUAUCAGGCUCCUGGCAUCAGACAGCAGCACCUGUAGGAGGAAAAGAGUCCAACAGCCUUCCGUCUGAGAAGCUCUUGAUGGCCUUCAUGCCCCCUCUUCCCUGGAUCCUCCUCUACGCAGAACAGAGAACUGCCGUUAAUAAUAUCCAACUCUUAAUGUUCUUUACUUCCUAACUUACUGCUCACCUGUGAUGCUCUAGUGGGGAACCAUGGGUAAGCCUCGGGGUCUCAACUGAGGACGCAGUAAGCAGAGAACCAAAGCCAGGACUGUUUACAGUCAGGUGGACCAUCCGGGUAUCUGAGCCUCUUCACGGCAAAGGAAAGCGACCCAGUGAGAGAAAAACCACUGCUCAGACUGUCACGUCCGAGCUCAAGCACCUCGUGGGCUGGAAUACAAGAUGGUCUUAAGCUUUGGGGGAUUAAAAACAAACCCAUUUUAAUAAAUUAUAUUUGU